GAGUCAGGCUGGGAGCGGAAGCGGCGCGAAGUGCGCGUAAAAUGGCGUCGUUGUGAAGUUGCAUGUUGUGGGGGGGCCUCCGCUGAGUCCGUUGGGAGGAACCGCCAGUUUUCGCCGCAGCCUCCCUCCGCCAACUCUCGCCAUGGCGGUGACCGUCACCCUGAAGACUCUGCAACAGCAGACAUUCAAGAUCCGAAUGGAGCCUGACGAGACGGUCCGAGUACUUAAGGAGAAGAUUGAGGCUGAAAAGGGCAAGGAAGCUUUCCCCGUGUCAGGCCAGAAGCUUAUAUAUGCUGGCAAGAUCCUGAGUGAUGAUGUCCCCAUCAAGGAAUACAAGAUUGAUGAGAAGAACUUCGUAGUGGUGAUGGUCACCAAGAACAAAACAGGCUCAGGAGGAGCUCCUGUUUCUUCACCCACUGAUGCAGCAGCCACCUCAGAACCCACACCCUCCUCUGGGCCUAUGGCAGCUACUGUUUCACCCCUUCAAGCAUCCCCACCAAGUGAGGAAAAGCCUCCUGAAGAGUCAGUGACUGUUUCUCCCCUAGAAUCUACAGUUGGCUCUGUUCCCUCUUCAGGUAGCAUGGGAUGUGAAGAUGAUGCAGCUUCCACUUUAGUUACUGGCUCAGAAUAUGAGACAAUGCUGACUGAAAUCAUGUCAAUGGGCUAUGAGCGAGAGCGGGUAGUAGCAGCACUACGGGCGAGCUACAACAACCCACACCGAGCUGUGGAAUACCUGCUGAUGGGCAUUCCGGGUAGUCCAGAACCUGAGAGAGCUCCCAUCCAGGAGAGCCAGCCCCAAGAUCCGCCUGCACCAGAAGGAGAGAACCCUCUGGAAUUUCUACGAGAUCAGCCCCAGUUUCAGAAUAUGAGGCAGGUGAUACAGCAGAAUCCAGCUUUGCUCCCAGCUUUACUGCAGCAGUUAGGCCAAGAGAACCCUCAGCUGCUCCAGCAAAUUAGUCAGCAUCAGGAGCAGUUCAUUCAGAUGCUCAAUGAACCUCUGGGUGAAAUGGCUGACAUCGCAGACAUUGAGGGAGAGAUGGGUGCUAUUGGGGAAGAAGCUCCCCAGAUGAACUACAUCCAAGUUACGCCUCAGGAAAAAGAAGCCAUAGAAAGGUUAAAGGCCCUGGGCUUUCCUGAGAGUCUGGUGAUCCAGGCAUAUUUUGCUUGUGAGAAGAAUGAAAAUCUGGCAGCCAACUUCCUGCUGAGUCAGAACUUUGAUGACGAGUGAUAAAGAAACAGAGUUUUAUAUAAAAUUCUCUAUAUAAAUAUUCAUUUAUUUAAAGGGGAACUACUGGGGUUGGGUGGUGAUGGUGUGAUUUGAGAAUGUCUCCAAUGAAUUGCUGGCUAGAGGAAAAUACCUUGGGAAUGGGGCAGUUGGGGUGCGGGGUGGGGAGCAGAACAAAUGGACCUUCUGUUCUCUUCUCAAAAACAAGGGUGGCAUUUGAGCCCAACUGCAUCUUAAUAACAAUCCUUAGACUGUCAGGCAAGGUGUUUAGGGAAAGGUUGACAUAGCAGGUGGGUGCUGCUGGACCUUCUCCCAUUUCACAAGAUUGCAUGUGUGCAAACAAAUUGCUCUUUUGUUUGCAAAUCUCUCCUCUUCAUGCCAGUGCACAUUGCUACAAUGCUGAACUUUGUGCCCAUCAAUUAAUUCUGUUGCUGGUACUCUUCCCCUUCUCUUUCCUUCAAUGUUGUUUUGAAAUCAGUUUAGUUGUCCAUCCCUAUUCAAAAGGGUGGCUUGUGUUAGGUGAGUAAUAUGCCUUCUGAUGAUCUGUUUGAUAUUUGUUCCUCUACUGGAGAGGCUGUGCCAGAGUUACGGAAUAGCUUGUAAUUCUGUGCACAAAGAUCCCAUGUUUUUUUUCCUAUCCUGUAUUUUUUUUGCCAUCAUCCAAUAAGGCAACUACCCAUCUUUAUCUAUGGUUUUCUGACACUGCUCUUAAAAUCAUUCCCAAAGAAUAUCAAGGGUACAGUUUCCCAACACUCAUCCAACUUCAAACACUAGGUUUUAAAAAACUUGUUUGUUCUUUCUCUUUUUAACGGCAUCUCAUGGUUUUGGCCUGUUCUGCAGACACCUAGCUUUGAAGUCUAGCUCCUGGGAAUUGCCUGUGUAACAUCCAUGUAUACUUUUAUUAUCCAUCAUUUUAACAUUAGGAAUUCGGAGCCACAAACGUUAAUAUAGUAGCAAAAAAAAAAAAGGGAUUUUACAAAUCCCUGUAAUAACUGAGUAUCUUGAGAUAGCUUGAAACACAUGUUUGUUUCUCUAUUUUCUGUGUUGUGGGAAUUUUAAAGAAGUUUUUCCCCCUAGUAUUCAGAUUUUACUUGUUCAAAAUACUUUUAAUCUAAAGAUUCCCCAAAAGAGAAUCCCUUAAUAGUUGGGGAUACAAAACUACUACAAAAUAGUUGUGUUUUAGAUAUUAGAUAUGUUUCUCUUUUUUAGUUUUGAAAAAUGAUCAAAUUGACAUUUUCCUGAAUAUUUUAAUAGAAAAAUAUGUAAAGAAAGAGCUUGUUUUAUUUAUACCUUUGAAACUGGAACUAAAUUGACUUCUGAUUAAAAAAAAUUCUUGGUAGCUAGGGAAAUUGGCUUUAAUACAUAGAUUAUAGAUAAAAAACUAUAGAAACUUUAGAUCAUCUUUCACUUUUCUGUGGGAAUGUUGGUCAAAGCUGUUUCUGGUUUGAACAUCAAUAAACCUGUCAGUUAUCACAUGUUAAAUUCCCAGCUUCCUUUGAUAAACUAAACUGCCUUUCCUCACUAUCCCCGUAAGAAGCCUGGGAAUCCCAUUCUUUCCGCUGCAGGUGCCCACUGCAAAGAGGAGCAAAGUAUUAUAGCCUCUAUGCCUCCAAUAAUAAAUUCUGAAGCCAUAUGUUUCUGCUAAUUUGUGUGACAUGGUUGUGUGGCUAUGAUGACAGUGUGUAAUAUAUUGUUUAUAAGUUUAAUUUGAUUUCAGGGCUGGUGGGCAGGCAUGGAGGAAAGAAGCAAUUUAAUUCUUAAGUUUGAAAAAGUGUCCAGUGUUCAGAGUACUUUUCCCCAACCAGAUGCCCUCCAUAUGUCUUGGACUUCACUUAUUUUAGCUAUGGAUUCUAGAAGUUGAAGUUCAUCACAUCCAGAAGGCACUGAAAUGAUUCUACUUAAGGCCUAAAAGGAUAUAGUCUAUAUCGGGGGUGUCAAAUUCGUGACAACCCAUUGUUGCCAUGUGACACAUCGCAACUUUUUCCCCCUUCACUAAACCGGGGGUGGGCAUGGCCAGCGUGUGACGCAUCUGGGCCACAGGCUGUGAGUUUGACACCCCUGGUCUAUACUGCGUGGAAAGGAAGUUAUCUUGACUGUGCUGGAAUUAGGCCAGUUCUGCUAUGUUGUUCGCUGAAGAAUUGUUUUUAAAUAGCAUCCAACGAAUUAGGCUAUAACUUACGAUUGCCAUAUGAGUGCUUUUUGAGGUGGAAAUUUUACUUGAUCAAAAUUUUAGAUAGCAUCAUGGUAUCUUUGGGUACUAAAGAAAUUUGAAAAGCUGCUUCUGACUUGCUAUUUGGCAGUGAAAGGUGUCUGCAUGCAUGCUCAACCUGAACUGCUUGCUUCAGACUCUUAAUUUCCAAUUUCCUUAUCAGCAAGCAAGAACAUUAGUGCUGAAUUACAGCUUUCUUCAAAGUAGAUGGCUGAAUAUUGGAAUGAGUUGAUGAGUGUUGCCCCAAAGUGGAUUUGAAUGCUUUAUUUGUGCCUGAGAGCCUGGGAUUUAAGGGAGAGCUUUCAGUAGUCCUCAUUGCUCCUUUUGUCCCUUUUCAUGAUGAACAAAAACAAAAACCACCACCACCCAAAAAACCCAAACCCCAGGAUAAAAUAUGUAAAAUCAACAAACUGAAACACACAACUCGCAAAAUAUAUACCGUAGAUUGACCUUAUCCAAUCUGGUACUCCAGAAACGUUGGGCUAUAACUCUCUAAUCACCCAACCAGAGUGAGCAUAGUGAAUGGAAGUUACAUAUUUAAUAUAUCUUGUGUGUACCAGGUUGGGGAUGGCUGAUGUACUUGUAACAAAAAUUCAGUUACUAAGCUCAAAUUUUGAUUUAAAAGCACAUGUGCAUACCAGCAUGAAGUGUUGAUACUGAGGCCUUGAUGAGAAAGAAAAAAUUACUGCUGCCUGUUUUGCUCAAGUUAGAAAGAACUGGAAGUGGAAGAAUUUGAAAAACAAUGAAAUAAAAAUGUUUUUGAAGAGUUCAUCUGAUAAACAUCAUGGAAGAGUUUUCUACCAAGGUUCUUCUUCAUAAAGUGGGACAAUAGAAUGUUGCAACUUCAGUUUUCAGGUUCUACUUGAGUGAAAGUCCUGUUGUUAUGUCCUUCAACUUUAAUUUUGGUCUAAAUUGGUUUGGAGAGCUCUGUCCAUGCCUCCUUUCUGUCUUGGGUUGAAAUGUUCUAGGCACUGUGAAUGGAGUGUGAAAUAAACAAGUUGUUGAGGCCGCUCAGUGGCAGGAGUAUGAUGCUCCUUCAGUA